AUGAGCGCCGCCGCUCUCUACAGCCUGGACUCCCCGGCAUGCUAUAAGAGCUGGUGCCUGGAGCCCGCCAACUUCUACGACGCCAAGGUGGGCAGCGGCGGCGGGCCGGGUCCCGCCUGCAAGCCGGGCGCCCGCGGCGGCUGCGGGAUGAGCGGCGAGGAGGCGGGCGGCGGCCUGGGCGGCAGCGGCACCAACCUGGCGGAGCUGAGCGCCGCCGCCCCGGCCAUGUACGAGGACGAGAGCGCCAUCGACUUCAGCUCCUACAUUGACUCCAUGUCCGCCGUGCCCAACCUGGAGCUCUGCAACGACGAGCUCUUCGCCGACCUCUUCAACAGCAACCACAAGCCCGAGCGGGGCGGGGAAUACGGCGAGUACUUGCCACCGGGCGGCGGCGCCGGCCGCGACCCCGCCAAGGACCUCGGAGCUGCCAUGACCACCCUGCUGGGCUCCGAGCCCCGCACCGCCUCCUCCUCCUCCUCCUCCUCUUCCUCCUCCUCCUUCUCCUCCCGCGGCGCUCUGAAGCAGGAGCCGGACUGGAGCGACAGCGACCUCUCCUCCUCGCUGCUGCCCUCGCAGAUCGCCACCUGCGCGCAGACCAUCAUGAACCUGAGCGGGCAGCCCACGCCGCCCACGUCCCCCGAGCCGCCGGGCAGCAGCUCCCCGUCCAGCUGCAGCACCCGCUCGCCGGGCCCCGGCGCCGCCGCCGCCGCCGUGCCCGGGCCCGCGCAGGGCGUUCCGCAGCCCAUUGCCGCCGCUGCCGCCGGCGGGGGCAAGGAGCGCGGCGGCAAGAAGUGCGUGGACAGGUUUAGCCCCGAGUACCGGCAGCGCCGGGAGCGCAACAACAUCGCCGUGCGCAAGAGCCGCGACAAGGCGAAGCGGCGCAACCAGGAGAUGCAGCAGAAGCUGCUGGAGCUUUCGGCCGAGAACGAGAAGCUGCACAAGAAGAUCGAGCAGCUCACCCGGGACUUGACCAGCCUCCGGCACUUCUUCAAGCAGCUGCCCAGCGCUUCUUUCCUGCAGCCCGGCUCGGGCACCGACUGCCGGUAACCGGGGGGGAGCGGGACGGAGAGACGGACUCCGGGAGACGGUGGAUAAAUACCUCAGAGGGCCGGGC